ACUCCAUCAGAAUGAAUGGCGGUUUCCAUGGUUGAUCACAUCUUCUGGGUUUCCCCUCACAAUCCAACUGAAAGCAAUCGACACUCAAAAUCAAAUCUUCCUCUCCUCCCCUGGAAAGACCCCUCAACUCUCUCGCUCAAUUUGCUGCCCACAACUCCAUUCAAACACCACCAAAAUCAACAACUAAACCAGCAGUGCUGUCAUCCUCUCUCGGUGGCUUUCCCCGCGCUCGCAUUCUCCAACACCCUUUUCUUCGCUUCCAACGUUGCGUUGAUCGUCGCCGAAGAUGAGCACGAGGACAAGCUGAUCGGCCGCUUCCGCCGCGAGGUUCUCAAGGCUGGCGUGCUCCAGGAGUGCAGGCGCCGCCGCUUUUUCGAGUGCAGCCAAGACAAGCGCAAGCGGAAGUCGCGCGAGGCGGCUCGUCGCAACCGGAAAAGGCGGCCACAGCAGCCAAAGGCCAAAGCAGAGACUUCAAACAAGAAGACACAAGAUACCAAUGGCGACGAUGAUAACUGGGAGUUUUUUGACAUAGAUUUACCCUAUUGUUGACUUCUACUCUGCAAAUCAAAGGUGCAAUGGCAGGGACCUCGCUGGUAACUACAACAACUGCGUUAACUAAAGGCAUUAUAUGUUGAUAACUUGUUUAUGAAAUCGAACAAAUUCUACUAUGAGAAAAUGUACUUUGUUGGCGUCUUCGUUUCAAAGAGUUGAAAUAUGCUUGCUAACUCUUUGUGGCUGUAAAGUACAGAUCUCUGAUGUACUGUAAUUUUCUUCAUCACUCUGUGAUUUUGCAUGAACUCUUCAUUUAACAAGAUUACCAUGUUUAUGGCAAGUAUUGCUUUAUUUUUGCAUAA